AUGAUCAACCACCACCAAAUAGUGCAUCUUGGAAAGCUGUCCAUUAGAGUCAUGGAAUCUGCUCCUGGUCAUACCCCUCUUAUACAUGGUCUUCCUGAUGAGAUUGCUCUCAUUUGCUUAGCAAGGGUUCCUCGUCGGUUUCAUAAUGUUCUCAGGUGUGUCUCAAAGAGAUGGAGAGAGCUGCUAUGCAGUGAAGAAUGGCGCACUUGCCGCAAGAGGAACAACUUGGAUGAGUCCUGGAUCUAUGUAAUCUGUAGAGAAUCAGGCAUCAAAUGCUAUGUAUUGGCUCCAGAUCCUUCAAGUCGGUCCUUGAGAGUCAUGCAUAUCAUUGAACCCCCAUGCUCAGCGAGGCAAGGUGUGACCAUCGAGGCCUUAGACAAGAGGCUAUUUUUUCUUGGUGGGUGUAGUUGGCUAAAUGAACCUACGGAUGAAGUUUACUGUUAUGAUGCAUCCUCAAAUUGCUGGAGCACAGCAGCUCCAAUGCCUACACCUAGGUGCUAUUUUGUGUCUGCAUCUCUCACAGAGAAACUAUACAUAACUGGUGGACUUGGUUUGACAGAUAAGUCACCAAAUUCAUGGGACAUCUAUGACUCAGCCACAGAUUCCUGGUGCGCACACAAGAACCCAAUGCUCACCCCUGACAUAGUCAAGUUUGUUGCAUUGGAUGAGGAGCUGGUGACCAUUCACCAGGCUGCCUGGAACAGAAUGUACUUUGCUGGCAUAUACGAUCCACUGGACCGCACCUGGAGGGGCACAGAGAACGAGAUAGCACGCUGUUUCUCUAGCCCAACAGUUGUCGUGGAUGAGACACUGUACAUGCUGGAGCAGAAGCUCGGUACGACGCUGAUGAUGUGGCAGAAGGACACCAAGGAGUGGGUCAUGCUUGGCAGGCUCUCGGACAAGGUUACAAGGCCCCCAUGCCAGCUCGUGGCUAUCGGCAGGAAGAUUUACGUGAUUGGAAGAGGGUUGAGCGUAGUAACAAUCGAUAUGGAUACAGCGGCCAGAGUUGAUGGGUUCGUGGUCACCUCUUCCACUGGUCCAUUGGUGGAGCAAGACUUGUCUCCCGAGAGAUCCAGGGUUAUCACCAUCUGAAGGUGGCCUAUGAGCUUGAUAUGACUGACACUGAUUACCAUCCAUGUUGCCCAUAUUUUUGGGUAACAGGAAUCGUUCAUGCACAUAUACCGUGAAUUCAAAUAUUCAAUAAGGCUUGACACCACACAGUCAGUUUCUUUUGGUUCUUUUGUAGUUUGUGCUCUUUGUUCCUGACUGUAAGAAAAAGAUCUGAGCUUGUUUGUUGAGCAUCAGCUAUACAUGCUGUGAUACUUGUUAAUAGAUGAAAGGAUUGCUACCUAUUUAUUGCUGAUUAUCGUGAUGAUUGAUACAUGUUUAUAGCGGAUGAUA